ACCCCAUGUCCCACCGUGUGCCACCCAGCCCUGUCCCCAUCCUGUCCCCACCCUGCCCACAGCCCGUGGCCACCCUGCCCCCACCAAGGGCCACCUACACGUGGGGACGAGUCGUGACCUCGCUUCCUUCCCCUUCAUCCGAAGAGCCGCCAGCCAGGGGAGCGGUGGCCACGGCAGCCAGUGACAGCCAGUCCACAUGGCUGGGGACAGCGGGAUGGCCGGGAAAGUGACGCUGCUCCUGUGGGCCCAGACCCUCGGCCUCGCUGGUGAGUCCUCGGGGGAUGCCGGGUCCCCACCCCGCUGUCCCCAGCCCCGCGCUGGCCCUGCCAGGCUGGUGUCCCCUGUCACCCGCAGGUGCCCAGACCCUCCAGCUCCUCGUGGAUCCCCCCUGGAGGCCGGCGGUGCUGUGGGACGAGGUGACACUGACCUGCCAGGGCUCGGCGACCGCCGGUGCCACCACCUGGUACAAGGACAGGUGGCACUGGGGGCCGAGGGGACACAACCGCGUCACUGUCACCGAGAGUGGCACCUACCGGUGUGCCAGACCCGGCAGUGGGCACAGCCCCCCCGUGACUGUCUCAGACGACUGGCUGGUGCUGCAGGUGCCAGCGCGGGCGCUGCUGGAGGGGGACACGGUGACACUGCGCUGCCGGGGCUGGCGGGACAACAAGGUCACCGGGGUGUCCUUCUACCACGAGGGGCAGGAACUGGGGCUGCUCCCCGAUGGGACCGAGCUGUCCCUGUCGCCUCUGGAGCUGCACCACAGCGGCCGCUACCGCUGCAAGGGCCGGCUGGGAUGGUGGGAGUGGAAGGAGUCAGCGCCGGUGACAGUGACAGUGCAGGUGCCCGUGGCCAAUGCCACCAUCACCCCCGCUCCCCCGGCACACCAGGUGUGCCCAGGUGACCCCGUGACCCUGCGCUGCUCAGUGCAGGUGGGCUCAGCCCCUGUCACCUUCACCUGGCUGCACAACGGGCAGGAGGUGGCCCGGGGUCCCCUCCUGGAGCUUGGGAACGUCAGUGUGGCACAUUCGGGCACCUACCAGUGCGUGGCCACCAACCAGCUGGGACAGGACGAGCACCGGGCACUCAGCCCAGAGCUGGCACUGACGGUGACACCUGACUCACCCUGGCUCACAGCAGUGGCUGUGAAUGUCGGCAGGACCCUCCUGUUCCUGCUCCUGCUCCUGGCUGUCGUUAUGGGCUGUCACUGGUGGCACCAGCGGCGUGGCUGCCAGGAAGCCCCAGGACAGAGCCGCCAGCCAGGGGAGCGGUGGCCACGGCAGCCAGUGACAGCCAGUCCACAUGGCUGGGGACAGCGGGAUGGCCGGGAAGGUGCCCAGACCCUCCAGAUCCUCGUGGAUCCCCCCUGGAGGCCGGCGGUGCUGUGGGACGAGGUGACACUGACCUGCCAGGGCUCGGCGACCGCCGGUGCCACCACCUGGUACAAGGACAGGUGGCACUGGGGGCCGAGGGGACACAACCGCGUCACUGUCACCGAGAGUGGCACCUACCGGUGUGCCAGACCCGGCAGUGGGCACAGCCCCCCCGUGACUGUCUCAGACGACUGGCUGGUGCUGCAGGUGCCAGCGCGGGCGCUGCUGGAGGGGGACACGGUGACACUGCGCUGCCGGGGCUGGCGGGACAACAAGGUCACCGGGGUGUCCUUCUACCACGAGGGGCAGGAACUGGGGCUGCUCCCCGAUGGGACCGAGCUGUCCCUGUCGCCUCUGGAGCUGCACCACAGCGGCCGCUACCGCUGCAAGGGCCGGCUGGGAUGGUGGGAGUGGAAGGAGUCAGCGCCGGUGACAGUGACAGUGCAGGAGCUCUUCCCUGUGCCGGUGCUGGAGGGUGCCCCCGAGCCCACCGAGGGGUCCCCCCUGAAUCUCAGCUGCCUCAGCACCCCCAGCCCCCUGCGGCCCCGAGCCCCCCUCCUGCACGUGUUCUACCGGGACGGGCAGAGGGUGGGGGGCCCGCAGGGGUCCCCGCAGCUGCUGGUGCCCGCCGUGGGGGUCUCCCACUCGGGGAAUUACAGCUGCGAGGUGCGCUCCGAGGGGGGGGCCGUGCGGAAGAGCAGCGCCCGGCUCCGCGUCACGGUGCGCAUGCCCGUGGCCAAUGCCACCAUCACCCCCGCUCCCCCGGCACACCAGGUGUGCCCAGGUGACCCCGUGACCCUGCGCUGCUCAGUGCAGGUGGGCUCAGCCCCUGUCACCUUCACCUGGCUGCACAACGGGCAGGAGGUGGCCCGGGGUCCCCUCCUGGAGCUUGGGAACGUCCGUGUGGCACAUUCGGGCACCUACCAGUGCGUGGCCACCAACCAGCUGGGACAGGACGAGCACCGGGCACUCAGCCCAGAGCUGGCACUGACGGUGACACCUGACUCACCCUGGCUCACAGCAGUGGCUGUGAAUGUCGGCAGGACCCUCCUGUUCCUGCUCCUGCUCCUGGCUGUCGUUAUGGGCUGUCACUGGUGGCACCAGCGGCGUGGCUGCCAGGAAGCCCCAGGACAGCUCCCCACAACCGGUGUCACUCUCAGAGCCCCCACGGGUGUCCCCCAGCCCUGCCCCACCUCGGGAUCCACGAGUGACCAACGCGGAGCUGUCGGGACCCUACGAGUGACAGCGGGACCCCCGUGACUACGAGGACACGCUGUGACACUGGGGGCACUGGGGGUCCCUGCCCAAUGGCACCCGCCGUGUGCCCCCCCUGCCAAGGCUCCCAUGGGUGCCCACCGUGCCCGAGCAGUGGCCACGAGUGGGGGCUCCCAUGUGGGGCUGCCCAGAGCUCCCCAUUCCAGUGCUCCCAGUACCUCCAGCGCCUCC